AUGUUAGCUAGAAAUAUAAGUAGAGCUGGACAAAGCUUGCUCAAGUCAAGAUUACCAACAACAUCAUUUCCAAUUUCAAAUGUUUGUAAGAUUUCCUCAUUUUCAAUUCAAAAUUCAAUUAGAUAUGCAUCAACUAAAGUAAAAGUACCGGAUAUGGCUGAAUCUAUUACUGAAGGUACUUUAGCUUCAUUCAAUAAAGAAGUUGGAGAUUUUAUUAAUCAAGAUGAAUUAUUAGCUACUAUAGAGACAGAUAAAAUUGAUGUUGAAGUUAAUGCUCCAGUUAGUGGAACAAUUAAAACUCUUUUAGUUGAACCUGAUUCAACUGUUGAAGUUGGACAAGAAAUUGCAGAAAUUGAAGAAGGUGGAGAAGCACCAGCUAAAGAAGAAUCAAAAGAAGAAAAACCAAAAGAAGAUAAAUCAAAAGAAGAUAAAUCAAAAGAAGAACCAAAGGAAGAGAAAAAACCAGAACAACCAAAAGAGGAGAAAAAACCAGAACCUAAAAAGGAAGAACCAUCAAAACCUAAAAAAGAAGACAAACCAAAACCAAAGAAAGAAGAAACUAAAAAAGAAUCAUCAUCAUCACCAUCAUUCACAAACUUUUCUAGAAAUGAAGAAAGAGUUAAAAUGAAUAGAAUGAGAUUAAGAAUAGCAGAAAGAUUAAAGGAAUCACAAAAUACAGCUGCUUCAUUAACUACUUUUAAUGAAGUUGAUAUGUCAAAUUUAAUGGAUAUGAGAAAAUUAUAUAAAGACGAAUUUUUAGAAAAAACUGGUAUAAAAUUAGGAUUUAUGGGAGCUUUUUCAAAAGCUGCAUGUUUAGCAGCAAAAGAUAUUCCAGCUGUUAAUGCAUCAAUAGAAAAUAAUGAUACUUUAGUAUUUAGAGAUUAUACUGAUAUUUCAAUUGCAGUUGCAACUCCAAAAGGUUUAGUUACUCCAAUUGUUAGAAAUGCAGAAUCAAGAUCAAUAUUAGGUAUUGAAGAAGAAAUAGCAGCAUUAGGUAAAAAGGCAAGAGAUGGUAAAUUAACUUUAGAAGAUAUGACUGGUGGUACUUUCACUAUAUCAAAUGGUGGAGUAUUUGGUUCAUUAUAUGGAACUCCAAUUAUUAAUAUGCCACAAACUGCUGUAUUAGGCUUACAUGGUGUUAAACAAAGACCAGUAACUGUAAAUGGACAAAUUGUUUCAAGACCAAUGAUGUAUUUAGCUUUAACUUAUGAUCAUAGAGUAUUAGAUGGAAGAGAAGCUGUAACUUUCUUAAAAACAAUUAAAGAAUUAAUUGAAGAUCCAAGAAAGAUGUUAUUAUUGGAAUAG